AUGUUUUGAAGGUUCAAAGGGUGAAAUUAAAAUAGCAUUUUUAGCAAUAGGGAAAUAGAGAGAAAUUCAAUGCUAACGUUUCGCAAGGUGUUUACCAUUUAUUUUUGAUUAUACGAAUAUUUGAUACGUUGCAUCGGAGCGUUUUGCGUUUUCGUUUUGUCUUGUUUUUUACCGACGGAAUUGAACUACCUAAUGGAGUUUAGUUACUUGUAAAUCUCGCGUCUAUCGUCUCUAUACUUAUCGUAAAUCACUAAUCAGAAUCGGUAGUAGUGUGUCGUCGAGGACAUUUUCAUCGUUUUCCAUCCGAAGCGCUUUAUAUUUUUCGCAUUCCCAUUCGCAGCCGCAAUAUGUAUAAAAGUGUUCGUUUCGUUUGCAACGAGAAAUUGGCGUUAUCCCGUUGGCUGUACGCUAUUGAAAGAAGAAAAUUCUCAUCUACCGCACGAAAUAAUGUCAAAGUUGCGGUGUGCGGAGCGAGCGGUGGCAUCGGACAACCUUUGUCUCUACUACUCAAGCAGUCUCCAUUGGUCACGGAAUUAUCUUUGUACGAUAUCGUGAAUACACCGGGCGUUGCUGCCGACAUAAGUCACAUCAAUACCAACGCCAAAGUGAAGGCUUUCAACGGACCCGAUCAACUGCCGGACGCUGUAAAAGGAGUCGAUGUCGUCAUAAUUCCUGCCGGUGUACCCAGAAAGCCUGGUAUGACUCGAGAUGAUUUGUUCAAUACAAACGCUUCGAUCGUAAGAGACCUCGUACAAGCGGUCGGACGUAAUUCGCCCAAGGCUCUGAUCGGUAUCAUUUCGAAUCCGGUCAACAGUACGGUGCCCAUUGCAGCGGAAACUUUGAAAAAAUUGAACGUUUACGAUCCGAAAAGAUUGUUUGGUGUUACUACUUUAGAUAUUGUGCGUGCGAAUACAUUCAUCGCCGAAGCCAAAAAUUUAGACGCGACGGCUGUCAACGUGCCGGUGAUCGGUGGACAUUCCGGCGUUACCAUAAUUCCGUUAAUUUCGCAAGCCAAGCCGAACGUUUCGUUUCCGGACAAUCAAUUGGAGGCGCUCACUCAAAGGAUACAGGAAGCCGGCACGGAAGUUGUGAAAGCUAAAGCCGGAACCGGAUCGGCGACAUUGUCGAUGGCCUAUGCCGGCGCCAGAUUCGCUGUCUCACUAUGCCGAGCUCUGAACGGCGAACCGAACAUUAUCGAAUGCUGCUACGUCGAAUCGAACGUUACCGAUGCCAAAUUUUUCUCGACACCUAUUUUAUUGGGAAAAAAUGGCGUCGAAAGUAACCUAGGCAUUGGUAAAUUGUCCGCUUACGAGCAGCAGCUUUUGAAAGCUGCCCUUCCCGAGUUGCAAAAGAACAUCCAGAAAGGCGUCGAUUUCGUCAACAAAUAAUUAAUCGAACCAUCCGUCGAGUACUACAUUUUCCUCAACUGCUCAUAAUAAUGGUUAACCUAAAUUCUACACGCGCUACUUUAUUCUUCUGCCGGGCGAGCUCCGAGACGCGCGUGUGGUCGUAUUUAUCAAGUUACUAAUGCAACGCGUGCAACUGUUGACUAUUCGCGUUUAUAACUUUCAUUGUGAUUUUUGUGCAGUAUUCUUCAUUUAAUCGCAUCUAGAUAAUCAUCAUUUUCGCGUAGAUUUUCCAGUGUAAUAAUAAAUUACACGUAUUAUAGCGUUGUUAGUUGAAAAAUAAAAUCAUAUAGAAAAAUCAUAACUACAUAGACAUACAUAGAUACGUACAUUAUGCGCUCCAAAUUCAAAUGUGUCAUGCCGAUGAAAACAACGACCGUCAUCGUCAUCGACUCAUCGUUAACCAUUUUUCCAUUCGUCACAAUGCGUUUACAUUUUGUUACCCAAGUUGCGCCGCGUUAAUAUACCUACCUACCUACCUACCUACAUAAUUAUGUAUUACGUUUGAUUUCCAUUCGGUCGUUCUUCGUUCCCAGAGAGCGAUCAACGAUCCGAUUCGCUCCGAGUUCUUUUUUUCUUUAAUUAAUUUUUUUUGUUUUUUUUUCGUCCAUUAUUUAUUAGCAGAUUUUAGUAACGCGAGUUACGUAUGUAUCAUUUCGUAUGAAAUAUAAUAUAAUAUCGUGAAAACUUGAA